UCUGAAUCGGUUCUUCACAACAUACGCCAUAACUGUUGACAAGACUGUCUCAAAUCUAUCCUUCAGAAAGUAUUCAGUAAAGGAUAUACAUCAUUUUGUUAAUUUGGUAUGAACGUACUGCGAAAGGUAUUGUUCCUCUCAGACUAAAUAUGCAUGUUAAAACACGAUAUACGCCUUUUUAUGUGUCUUCAACUGGGAUCUUUUUGUGGCUGAACAUCUGCAGUUUUUAUCCUACCCGUCAGAUUGUCUUACCUUGUCUUACUGCGCACGCGCCCAUUAAGUAGCGUCAUUUUGGUCACACUGAACGACGGCCAUAAUCUUUCAGUAGUUGCGCAUGGAUUUCUUGGUGUAAUCCAUGGAAGAAAAGUGGGAAGCAAUAUAUAGUCUUCUGUCAGGGGGGUCGUACCCAUCAGGGUAUACCAAGGCCCAAAGGCAGACCAUUCGUAGAUCUUCACUCAACUUCGCCCUAAAGGAUGGUGUGUUGUUUCGAAAAUCGCAUGGUGGUCUCUGCAAGGUCUUGAGGACUGAGGCGGCGAUACGAGAGGCCCUGACGCAGUACCAUGACAACAACGAGCAUGCGGGCCAGAAAAGAAUGCUCAAGUCCCUCAACAGGAUGUACUAUUGGGGUGGCAUGUGUCCUGCCAUCAAUACAUGGAUCAAGAACUGUGAGACGUGCAAGAACAAACCAGUCUACAACAACUUCUCCGUGGGAAAUAGUUUUCACUGCAUCGCUUAUGGCUGUGGGAGCAGCAGCGUUCACCAGAACGAUGGCACCACCUUUCACAGGUUCCCCAGAGACGACCCAGAAACGAUGGAUCUGUGGGUGGCUUUGGCCCAGAGAGACAGGUGGUCCAUCGGAUCAAAUGUCUACCUUUGCUCAAAACACUUCACAGAUGUCUGUUUUGAGAGUUCGGAGGAAGGGCUGGUUCUUAAACCUGACGCUGUACCUACUAUAGCAGUGGCUCUGCCUCUCAAAGAAGAGCCGCUAUUUCGUGAGUCGGAGACCGAUGACCACUCUGUGGAGUUUGGAAGCCUGGAAGAGCUCAUCUCUGCAAGCAACGACACUUUGAAACGCGAGGAACACCAGUAUGCACUGCCUCCUCCUGAGACCAACAGGCUGUCCUUCAGGAAGGGGAGGGCUGAUGGGUCUGGCACUUUCGAUAAAGAGCCACUAUUCGCCAGGUAUGACGCAAUGGAGCACUACCUGAGUACUGGCCGAUACUUCAAGAUAUCCAAAGCAGUAAAGGGCUCCAUCAGAAGGCAGUCUAAAGGGUUUAUUCUCACAGGUGGCGUGCUGAUGAACAACCAGAGGCCAGCACUGAGAAGGGUAGUGCGUAGCCGCGAGGAGGUCGUCAACAUUCUGAAACAGUUCCAUAACGACCGGGGUCACAAAGGGAUGAGUUACAGCUAUGCGUCCAUGAGCAAGCAGUACUUCUGGGGCACCAUGACCCGUGACUUGGCUGACUGGAUUGCCAAUUGUGACCAAUGCUGUGUGGACAGAGAGUCUAGGAAGCACAUGUGCAGCGUGUACAAGUGUAACAACUACAGUGGGCCCGUAGAGAGAGGACUGGGGAUAACCUUUCACCCGUUCCCCAUCCACAAACCCCACUUGCUGGACUGCUGGGUCAAGGCUAUGGGCCGACCCAGCUGGUUCCCCCGGCCCAGGUCUGUGGUCUGCUCUGGACACUUCACAGAGGACUGCUUUGACCGGAGCGGAGACACUGUAGUUCUGAAACUAGAUGCUGUCCCCAGCAUGUUCUUGUACCAGCAACCUGUGCAACAGUCUCCCAGCAUCUCCAAAAAGGUGCUCGCUAUGGGACUUAAUGAAUUCUCCCAGGGCACUACAAGCGAUCAGGCCUUCUUUGCCAAGUACGAUGUUGUGGACAGAUACAUAAGGGAGAAUAUCUACCCUUCCGGACUCAGCUCUGUAGAGAAGAACACCAUCAGACGCUUUUGCAAGAAGUUUAUCAUCAAAGACGGUCUGCUACAUAUCAUGAUCAAGAGUCGGGUGCUUAAGGUUCUGCGCAGCCAGGAGGAUGUAAAUCAGGCUCUAGCAGAGUUCCACGAUGAGCUCAACCACCUGAACUUGAAGAAAUGCAUGAGGCUGCUCACGGAACGCUUCUUCUGGGGAACCAUGGAAGUUGACGUGGCCCGCUGGAUUGAGAAUUGUAGUGAGUGUAGUGAGGCUCUCAUGGAACUAGAACAACAUCAAGAACCAUCUACUGGAGUUCCACAACUGACCGAGUCCUGGCAGAACAAUACUGAUUUGGCAUCCAUCAGUCCACAUAGUGCAGCGACUGGAAUCGUUUGUGAAGAUGAUAUUGCUGACGGGGCAGAGGACUGUGCGGAGAUAUCUGCUUCUACAAAGAAGGCCCUCGUGAAACCAAAGCGGCGUCCAAGACCUGCUUCUGGAGUUCUACAACCAGUAGAACCGGAGGACAUCGUAAUUGAUGUGAUACCUUACAGUCCCAUCCGCUCAACAACGGUAAGCGUUUCUGCACAUGAUACUUGGUGCUGCAUAGAGGACUGUGAUGAGUUAUCUCCUUCUAUGAAGAAGGCCCUCGUGGAACCACAUCAGCAUCAAGAAGCUGGUGUUGGAAUUCCAUCGUACAGUCCUGAGAGUUCAGCAUCUGUGAACGCUGGCGAGGAGGACGGUGGCCGUGGUGUGCACGAUCGUGACAAAGGUGGAGGAAAGCUGCAGCCAGUUCCCACAAACGCAGUGAGACAGAUGGUUCUGUUCUCCCAGCAGCAGAACAAGGUGGUGCUGGUCCGAGAUUCGGACCUAGAACCAAUACAGCUGUCCCAGCUUCAACCUCAGGUCCAGAUCCUGCCCCAGUCCCAGCCUCAACCUCAGGUCCAGGCUCAGCCUGCUACACCCACUUCCUCCCAGCCACAGCCUCUCAAGACCCAGACCUGGCCCCAGACCCGGUACCAGACCAGGAACCAGACCAGGACCCAGGUCCAGGGGAUAGGUUCUGAACAGGUGGCUAACGGCAAUGCCAAGCUGAACCUGAAAGCAUCAACACCACCACCCCAAUCUUCAGCCCUGUCGCAGGCAUCGCCGCCUAUGUCUACUGUAAGACACAGGACAGUUAUGAGCCCCAAGGUGCCAUCAGCCCGGUCGGUCCCCAAGGUGCUAUCAGCCCGGUCUGUCUUGUCCAGCCCCAAAGCCCCACCCUCCAAUAAGUCAACCACAACCGCCUGUAACCAAGCGGUUGGCCUGCAGGCCAGGACAGUCAUCCAGCAGUGCAGUCAGGCACUCCUGAAGAUCAGCCCAGUUAUAGAUGGAGCCGAGGCUAAGUGGGUGCAGAUCCAGGAUGGCAUGGUGGUCUAUGUGUGUUUCUUCAAAGGAGCCACUGAAGAGAUCAUUCCAAAAAUGGUGGAAACAUUGUUGGAGACCAAGUUGUUCAGGAAGUCCAAUGGCCAGAUGGUCUCAGUUCUUAAACUCCCUGGUAGUGUCCUGCUCAUUCCACAGGACACCCUGACAGGAAACAGCAUCUUUAUGAACAGGGUGAUGUACCCAGAUGUGGCUCAGCAUAGGUGGGGGGCACAGCUCUACAGUCAGUUGGUGACCGGGUGCGAGAAAGCCAUGAAUGAUAAGUUGAGCCCAAACUCUGGGGUGGGGGUCAAACAUGGAACCUAUGGCAACAAACAAGAGAUCCUCAUUAACUCUCAAGAACCAGCCACGCUCCUUUUGGAAUUCUGAAGCCUUGUGUACCUGUGUUCUCAAUGAGGUGCAAUUGAUUGUGUUUACAAGUUACAGGAAAAAUACGAUUUGUCAGUAUUUGAGUCCCAUCACAUGUACAGCAGUCUACACUAUGCCCUUUUGGCGAAAAUAAAAUUCACUUUUAUGAUUUUUUUUUUAUCACAGGUUUUAUUUACAAAGCUGUUGUUAACAUAUGUAUUAUUUGUCACAAUGUUUGUGACCUGACAAAAAGGGAGGGGAUGCAGAGCAUGUUACAAUUGUAUAGAGGCUGUCUUCUUGAAUUCUCGUUGCUACUGGUGAUUAAGAAGCUGCUAGCUAUCUUCUUGCUGUGGAUGGUAACAUGAAAUGUCAACCAUUCAGUCUGAAAUCUUAAGAUAGGUCACUUGAAGGUUUAAACAAAUGUGUUAAAUAAAU